AGAGCCAUUUGGUAUGCUCAGGCUGGGUACCCAGAGCCACCUUUGCAACCUUCUAACAAAGUCUUGCCUCACCCAUGGCAGGGAUUCAGCUCCGAGUUGUCUUCCCUCUCCUCUGGUCACUAUUCCUACAGCCCGCGUCAGCUGGAUACACCGACAUCUGCCCAGAGCCAGGUGAUUGGAUCAACUUGUCCAUUCCGGUCCGACAGUGCGGGGUGUGCCCUCGAGGACCUCGAUUGCGCAGCCUCCGCUAUCAAGCUGGAUUUCAGCAGACGAAAGUGGUGUUUCUCAACCAGCACGGUGGGCACGUCGAGGUCCGCUUCGUAGAUCCCGAAGGCCUCGAGACGCAGCUCGAGACGGUGGCACCCGGCCAGCGCUGCGCCCUCAGCGCUGGCGAGGGCCACGUCUUCAGGCUCGUCAGUGCGGCCACGGGGCAGCUCCUGCUCGAGCACAUGGUUGGUCGUCGAGUCUUUGAGAGCCCGGCACUUCCGCCUGCGCACGAUGCCUUCGCAGAUAAUCCAAUCAUUCGCGAAAAUGCUUUGGCGGAAGGAGCUUACCUGAACACCGGUUUCUUCAACGCUGGCGGCAGCGGCUUGGAGGUGUACUUCAGGAGCGAGGAUGGAAGCGAAACGAAGGUGUCCAAUUUGGCUGGAGGCCACAGCCACCUGGAACAUACGUACCAUGAUCACCAAUGGACGGUGCGUUUUGCAAAUGGCGCUCUGCAGAAGGCCUUCAAGAUUUCGGACGUGCCAAUUAUUGACUGUCCUGAAUUUGGACGGCCAAACGACUUCGACACUCCGUUGGAGUUAAUCGAGCAGAUUUCCGAAUCAUACGCGAAUGUAUCAAAGCAGAGGACACGACCAACAGCCGAGGAAGUAGAGGCAGGUAAUGCAACGUGGGCCACGUGCAAGGCUGAUGGACAAGAUUGCAAGCUGAAGACCGCUACCGACUGAGCAUAUGCCAGGUCAGAGUUCAUGUCUACCCCCGCGGUGUUCGUAGGUGCCGUUUAGCCCGUCACGAUAAAGUUGAUCCACGGUCUUCUGAGCUGGUCAAAACAAUGUACCGACGUGCAGGGGUGUCUCUUCGAACCAACAUCCUUUCAACAUUUUACACAUUGAGUCCGUGUUGAAUGUGUCAAGCACCUUGGCCCA